AUGGAAUCCGUUCAGAAAGUCCUCGAUACAUUGCACAUUGGAGGCAAGACACAAACUGCCCCUCCUAGAGAGCCCAGCUCCACCGAAUUUGAACAGCUUAAGGAGAAGUACACCAAAGCAAAGCAAGACCAGGUUUUUGCAUUUUACGAUACCCUCGAAGCUGCAGAGAAAGCUGCUCUCUAUGAACAACUUUCCAAUUUCGAUCCUGAAUAUAUCAACAAAAUCACCGAUGCAGCUCUCAACCCACCCAAGACCCAAGAUGCCGACAAAGAAACUGGUCUCGAACCACUCCCUGAAUCUGCGACUGCCAGUAUCCUCGAUUCAAAAGCUGAAGAUAUUGAGAAGUGGUAUGAAACAGGUUUGGACUUGAUUGCUGAAAAUAAGGUUGCAGUGGUACUCAUGGCUGGUGGCCAAGGAACCCGUUUAGGAAGUUCAGCUCCAAAGGGUUGCUUCAAUAUUGGUCUACCUUCCGAAAAAUCCCUUUUCCAAAUACAAGCAGAACGUAUUCGCAGAGUUCAGAGAUUGGCACAUAAGAAGGCUGGUUAUGCAGCGGAUAAAAAGGUGAUUGUUCCAUGGUAUGUGAUGACCAGUGGACCAACUCGAGGACCUACCGCAGAUUACUUUGAGGAAAAUAAAUACUUUGGUUUGGAAAAGGAGAAUGUUAUUAUCUUCGAACAAGGUGUUCUCCCUUGUAUUUCGAAUGAUGGUAAAAUUCUUUUGGAGAGUAAGGGUAGGGUUGCUGUUGCACCAGAUGGAAACGGUGGUAUCUACCAAGCCAUCGUCACAUCAAAUGUCAUGUCUGACAUGACAAACCGGGGCAUUCAACACAUUCACGCUUACUGCGUAGACAACUGUCUCGUCAAGGUAGCAGAUCCAGUAUUCAUUGGAUUUUCAGCUUCUAAAGAUGUGGACAUUGCUACAAAGGUUGUGCGCAAGAGAGAUGCUACCGAAUCUGUUGGUCUGAUCCUUCUCAAGAAUGGCAAGCCAGAUGUUGUUGAAUAUUCUGAAAUCGACAAGGAGACCGCAGAAGCUAAAGAUGCCAAGCAACCGGAUGUCUUGAAGUUCAGAGCAGCAAAUAUCGUUAAUCACUACUACUCUUUCCGAUUCUUUGAAUCGAUCCCUCAAUGGGCUCACAAGUUGCCUCACCAUGUUGCAAGAAAGAAGAUUCCUUACGUGGAUACUGAGAAGGGUACAACUGUCAAACCCGAGAAACCAAACGGUAUCAAACUUGAGCAAUUUGUUUUCGAUGUUUUCCCAAUGUUGGAACUCAACAAAUUUGCUUGUAUGGAGGUCAAACGCGAAGAUGAGUUCUCACCACUGAAGAACGCGAGGGGUACUGGUGAAGAUGAUCCAGAUACUAGUAAGAAACAUAUUAUGGAUCAAGGAAAACGAUGGGUACAAGCUGCAGGUGCUACUGUUGUCGGUGAGAGCACCGAUGAUGGUAUUGAAGUUUCUCCAUUGAUCAGUUACGGUGGAGAAGGAUUGGAGAAGCUGAAGGGUCAGACCAUCACUGCCCCAGCUGUCUUGGAGAAGGAGCUCUCAUAA